CAUAUGGUUAAGACGUCAGCCGAGACAUGCGCCUAACGCCGAGACCAUUGUCGAUCCGUCAUUUCACAGCGCCUGGUCUCUAAGACCGUCAAACCAGAGCCAAUACUUUUCUGCCACGUCGACAUAAGUCAACGUAUUGACGGUAUGACAGUUUGCGUAGGCUCGAGCGUAGCAGAUCACAGAAAAUACAACAACUCUUCCCUUCGUCUUGAACUGAAACAGAGGAUUUAGCUCAGCCAGAGAGAAAAAGAGAGGGAGGUGAAGAUGGCGAGUGGAGGAUAUGGAGAUCCGUCAGCGAAGAUAGACUACGUGUUCAAGAUGGUGCUGAUCGGCGAUUCAGCGGUGGGGAAGUCGCAGAUACUUGCUCGGUACGCGAGGAACGAAUUCAGCUUGGAUUCGAAGUCCACAAUCGGCGUCGAGUUCCAGACUCGUACUCUCGUUAUCGACCACAAGAGUGUCAAGGCUCAGAUCUGGGACACCGCCGGUCAAGAACGUUACAGAGCUGUAACAAGUGCAUAUUACCGGGGAGCUGUCGGGGCGAUGCUGGUUUACGACAUAACAAGACGGCAAACUUUCGAACACAUCCCCCGCUGGCUGGAAGAACUGCGUGCUCAUGCUGACGAGAACAUCGUGAUUAUCCUAAUCGGGAACAAGUCAGAUCUCGAAGACCAACGGGAUGUCCCAACGGAAGACGCCAAGGAAUUCGCCGAGAAAGAAGGACUCUUCUUCUUGGAGACAUCGGCUCUAAACGCAACCAACGUGGAAUCUGCCUUCUCGACUGUCUUGACAGAGAUCUUUAACAUUGUGAACAAGAAGAGGCUUGCCGGUGCAGAAGAAGAACAAGGGAAUGGCAAUCUCAGUUCACUUGCUGCUGGUAAGGAGAUUAACGUCGUUCCUGGACCGGCUCAGGAGAUACCGACGAAUAGUAGCAUGUGUUGUAAGUCUUAAACCUACCCAUUUUUCUUGAUUUGUCCUUGUGAUGUUAUCAUAUGAUGCACUCUCUUCUUGAUAUAUAGCAAAGAUUUUGGUGGGCAUA